AUGACUUCGUAGUGAUGCAGUAUACAUUUUACAUUCUUCCCUAAAUUCUGCACUCAGCAAGAGAAUCCAAUCCCCUAGCAGAUUUUCCAAUUUUUCCUCUAUGAUUCUAACCUAAUUGUUUCUCACAAAUACAGAGAAUCAUCACAUAAUAGCACAUACAUAUACAUACAGCUCUACAAAGGUCGCUUUUUUUUUUUUUGGGCUAUGGAAGGAGGAGGCGUAGUGGAGAAAAGGGAGGGGCACAAUCGAAAACGACAACGUAUGACGUGGGACGUUGCUCCGCCGCCGUCUGAACGGGCAGAGAUGGGUAAUGAAAGAGACGGUGAGGAUUUCGAGGCUGGACCAUGCCCGGCUCCGGUGUUGCGUCGACACGUUUCGCCUCCGCGGAGGGAUGACGAUCGUGAGGGGCACUACGUGUUUAGCUUGGGCGAGAAUCUCACCCCGAGAUAUAAGAUACUCAGCAAGAUAGGUGAAGGAACAUUUGGCCGAGUAUUGGAAUGUUGGGAUCGUCAAACACGAGACUACGUUGCAAUCAAAGUUAUCAGAAGCAUUCAGAAGUAUCGUGAUGCAGCUAUGGUGGAGAUUGAUGUACUUCAGCGUCUUGCCAAGAAUGAUGAAGGCAAUUCAGGCUGUGUGAAGAUGCUAAAUUGGUUUGAUUAUCGCAAUCAUAUAUGUAUAGUGUUUGAGAAGCUUGGACCAAGUUUAUUUGAUAUUCUAAAGAGAAAUAAAUACACCUCAUUUCCUGUGGAUCUUGUUCGAGAGUUUGGCCGCCAGCUUUUGGAAUCUGUAGCAUAUAUGCAUGAUUUACGGUUAAUCCACACCGAUUUGAAGCCAGAAAAUAUACUUCUUGCAUCUUCUAAACUUGUGAAGCUUCCUGGCUUCAAGAAGAUAUCAGAUGAAACAAAUUUCAAGUGCUUGCCAAAGUCAAGUGCCAUUAAGCUGAUUGAUUUUGGUAGUACUGCACAUGAUAAUCAGAUUCAUAGCUCCAUUGUUUCCACAAGGCAUUACAGGGCACCUGAGGUUAUUCUAGGUUUAGGAUGGACAUACCCUUGUGAUAUUUGGAGCAUUGGCUGCAUACUUGUAGAACUUUGCACAGGAGAGGUAUUGUUUCAGACACACGAGAACUUGGAACAUUUGGCAAUGAUGGAGAGGGUAUUGGGACCUCUGCCAGAGCAUAUGAUUCGGAGAGCAAACCGGGGAGCAGAAAAGUAUUUCAAGCAAUCACGACUUAACUGGCCUGAAGGAGCAGUUUCUAGGGAGAGUAUACGAGCAGUGAGGAAGCUAGACCAGCUGAAGAAUCUCAUCUCCCGGCAUGCAGAUUCCUCGAAGUCGUCCCUCGUUGAUUUGUUGCAUGGCUUACUGAAGUUUGAUCCACGUGAACGUUUCACAGCUUGGCAAGCUCUCAAGCACCCCUUCUUUAAGAGCCUGACUUAAUAUUAUCUUAAUUAAGAUAUGGGUAAUGCGUCCUAGGGGUUUAGUAGUCCUGCUCUAUGGAACCAACCCUCUAUGUGAAAAAAAGAACUAUAGCGUUGGUCCCAAAUUUCUAUCUAUGCGUCUUAGAUAGAAUCAAAACUCUAGUGUAAUUCUGAAGGCACCGCAAACUUUGUGCGUGUUCAAUGAUUUCCUACUCAUGCUUUGUGCGCGAUAAGGUUUAGCUUCUUGUUGCUGUUUGGUAGAUGGAGAUAACCUGUUGUAUUGGAGUUGAGUAGAUAAAUGAAAAUAUUUGUCCCUUGGAGUA